UGGUUGAGUUGACAGAAGUUGAAAAUUUUGGUUGAGUGAGAGGCUUGUCUUUGUUCCGCUACCAUGUCUCAUGAGACAUGCCCUUCUGUAAAGAAUGUCCUUCUUUUGGAUUCCGAUGGGAAACGUGUUGCGGUCAAAUACUUCUCUGAAGACUGGCCGACAAAUAGUGCCAAGGAAAAUUUUGAGAAAGUUGUAUUCAACAAGACUCAGAAAACCAAUGCCCGCACGGAAGCAGAAAUAGCAAUGUUUGAGAAUAACAUUGUUCUUUACAAGUUUGUCCAAGAUCUUCACUUCUUUGUUACCGGUGGUGAUUAUGAAAAUGAGCUUAUCUUAGCCACAGUUCUGCAGGCAUUUUUUGAUUCUGUGGGCCUUCUGCUCAGAGGCAAUGUAGACAAGAAGGAAGCACUAGAGAACUUGGAUCUCAUUCUAUUGUGCAUUGAUGAAAUUGUUGAUGGCGGUAUCAUACUUGAAACUGAUCCAAAUGUUAUAGCUGGGAAAGUUGCUAGUAAUAGUAUAGAUUCUGGUCUCCUUUUGGAGGCCCCCCACAGAGUGGGGGGGGCACCCGUACUCUAA